AUGCUUAUUUCACCGCAGAAUACCACAGAAAAUAUAGAAGGGCCGGCAUCAGUAACUGUCGAAAAUGUUGAAAAUGAAUUACGAGAAAUUGGUCGGAAAGUUUCGGAACCAUAUGGAGUGUCAAUAAAGUUUGCUAGAAUUUAG